AUGCCCGCCACACCCUCUCUCCUGCCCACCCACCCAUCGAGCAGCGCAUCCUCAGGUUCAACGGCGGCGGCGUACUUCCCCGAGCUUGGGCAGUCCUCGGAUACCGCUGCCUGGGAGGCGGUAUUGGGCAGCGGUUCCUCAUCUGUAGGGGGCAAUGAGCAGACAAAUGGCGUGGUGAGACGUCGGACGCCUGGUAUGGCCUCGAGCUCGACACUCCCCAGCUCGUCGACGGCCGCGUCCUCGCGGUCAGCGUCCAAGACAUCUCUCCUCUCCACCCCACCACUCCUUUCCUCCCCCCCUUCUGCUUCUCCCUCGCCCUCCCGGAAUGCCUCCUCCUCGCCUUUGCCGCACCCCUUAUCUCAUGCCACGCCGAACCUGCCGUCGACCUUGAUUGAUACAAGACCGGCGCUGCAGCGCGCCACGUCCAAGACCGAACGACAAGUCGCCGAAAGCAGUAAUGGAGGAAGUGAAUGGAGUGAUUGGGGUAGUGGGAGGGGGAGUCUGGAUGUGCUCCGAAUGACGAUGGAAGAGCCUGAAGGCGGGGGAGGAGAGGUUGAAGUUCUGAUACACGGUGUCAAGCCUCACGAGUCACUAGCAGGCAUAGCGCUUCUAUAUGGCAUCGACCUCACUACAUUACGCAAAGCCAACAAACUCUGGGCUACCGAUCCUAUCCACGUCCGGAGUCACCUCUACGUCCCCCUCGAUGCCUGUCGAUGGAACAAGGCGAGCGAGACACUGGCAAGAGGCCCGGGGGAAGGGCAAGUGACGCUUCAUCCAAAGAGAAACAAGGGAAAAGGCAAAGAGGAGCCCAACAAUUCACAUGUUUACCCUAAUGGAGAAGUCGAAGAAGCAGACGAGUCGGGGCACGACCCGCAAAAGACUCCCAGAGUGCUCGACAUUGUUCGCAUGCCCUCCUCCCAGCUCCGACCCUUCCCCCGUCGGCGCCCCCCUGAUCCUCCUUCACGCUCGUCUCAAGACCUCGAUCGGGUCAUACAAAGCGAAAGAGAUGAUUCUACAGAGGGUAUCAUAAGACGGGCGAGUCUGACGCUAGGAAGAGAGCAGGGGCCAUCGAUCAUCCCCGAUCUUUCGACGCUGCCGCCUCCACUGAGGGCAUCGUCAGCAGAUCCGGGGAAGCACAAGAGCAAGACAAUGGUCCGUCUUCGUCCGCCACAAGCUACCACCCCCCUGCAGACCUCUUCGACGCUGGCGAAUCGCCUGAGCUCGUUAUUCACCAUUGCGCCCCCGCCACCACAUAUGGCGCCUUUGUCAAGCCCGGGAGGUGGGGUGUCCCCUAUCACGCCUCUACCUGGAUCGGGCGUAUCGGCACGAGGUGGUGGAGGGAGGAGUUCAGUAGACUCUUCGGCCUCGGGGCGAACAGCGGCACCGUUGAAUGAUUCGCGUCGAGGUUCGUCGGCAGAGCAGGCAAAGGGGCGGAGGGAGGAGAUGGAGCUUGUGACCCGAGUCAGAGAAGGGGUGGGAUUGGGCUUGGGGAUGGGGGCGUUGGGUGGGGGCCAGAGUUUCCCUGGAAGGAAGUCUAGAUCGGGGAAUAGAUAUGGGAAAGCAAGAGAGAAGAAUGAUUAG